GUGUCUUAAAGACUUCAAUAGUGAUAUAGCUGUCACUCUAUCUCCAGUCUCCAUUAUCCGUUUCGGUUCAAACUACACACCAAAAGUCACCACCAUUUCGUUCCUCUCGCUCGUUUGCAGAACUGCUUCUCUCGCGUGGGCUCUUCGAUGCAAGAUGUUGAUAAAGGGUGACGUUUUCCAGAACCAUGCGUUACUCCCUUCCGUCUGUCUUCCUCGUUCUCUUCCACGCCAGAUAGUGUCUCCGAAACUCAGAUUUCUCAGCAAUCAAUCUCUCCGAAGUUUCCGUCUUCUGCAUUUCCAUCAGAAACUUAAUCUGGAGGUCAUCGCAAAGAAGGAUUCCGACACUCCGGAAUUGGUUUCUGGCGGAUUUUCAGGUGUCGAAGAUACGGACUUGCCAUUGGAGUUUUUCCAGACGCGCACUCUGCCUCCAGCUCUGACUCUCGAACAUGGCGUCCUUGAGAUUAAACAUGUCGUCGAGAAGUUGAAAUCGAAUCCAAUUUGCUCUGCAAACGGCAUACUGAGAUUGCAAGUUGCAGUGCCUGCAACUACAAAGGCAUUGAAUUGGUUAUGCUCUCAACCUCGGUCUUUGGGAGCAUUUCCUCAAUUUUAUCUUUCUAAAAGAGAGCUCAAAGAUCCAUCCUGCAAUUUGCUUCCUUUGGAAGGACAUGGAAUUUCUGGAAUUGGGAGUGCAGUUUACUUCACAGGGCCUUGUCUUACCCCAAAGGCAUUGGGUUCAAUAAAAAGGUUACCUCCAAUUUUUUUCCCACUCGUCUUCUUUAUGUUUAUUGUCUUAAAAAUUGGACGAAGCUGAUGAUCUAGUUCAUUAUCCUUUCAAUGUGAUGCUACCCAUAUCAUGCUUUAUAUAUCAGAUGAAUAUAUGAUGUUUAAUUGUUGCAUUAGAGUAAGGUUGCUGCAUUGCUGCCUAGUGAUUGCAGGUUUGAGUCAGGAAACAGCUUCUCCGCGAAAAGGGGGUAAGGCUGUGUACAUUACAACCCUCCCUAGGGCCUGCAGUGACGGGGCCUUAAGCACUGGGUGCACCAUUUUCUAAUUGUUGCAUUAGGAGCACUGCUGGCUCACUGAGCUCAUAUUAUGCGGUGGAUUUAUGCAACUUUGCCUCCUGAUUGCAUAAAACGAGCUUUAAUGAUGGUGUGUGUUUGAAAUUUAAAAUGUAACCGCAAGCGUAUGGAUCAGUGUAGCUACGGGUCAAACACAGGGAGAGCAACCACUUUAUUUUUUUCUUUCUUUUAAUAAUGUGAAA